GCGGCGCGGCCGAUUCAAGAUGGCGGAGGUAGAGGAGCUGCCGGACGAGAGCUCAUCAGCAAAGGCUCUUGUGAGUUUGAAAGAGGGAAGCUUGUCCAACACAUGGAAUGAGAAGUUCAUUGCAUUACCCAAGACUCCUCCAUGGAAAGGAAGGAACUCCUGUUCUUUUGUUGAGACUCCAACAAGAAGCACAAAGAGGAGCCGACUCUUCAAUGAAGAGGACGAGAGGCAACUGCAGAACACCAAGUCUCCCAAGAGGAACCAGCGUAUUGCCAUGCAUCCUCAGAAAUUUUCAGCAACCUUGGCAACACCAGACAAGAAGGUAGCCCAGAAGAUAGGCUUACGUCUACGGAAUCUGCUGAAGCUGCCUAAGGCGCACAAGUGGUGCAUCUAUGAAUGGUUUUACUCAAACAUUGACAAGCCACUUUUCGAGGGGGAUAAUGAUUUCUGUGUAUGCCUGAAGGAGUCCUUCCCAAACCUAAAAACCAGGAAGCUAACCAGAGUGGAGUGGGGGAAGAUCAGGAGGUUAAUGGGGAAACCGAGGCGCUGUUCAGCAGCUUUCUUUGCAGAAGAGCGGUCUGCCUUGCAACACAAGCGACAGAAGAUCCGACUCCUGCAGCAGAGGAAAGUGACAGAACUCUCCCAGUACAAAGACCUCCCAGAUGAAAUCCCAUUACCGCUAGUUAUAGGGACAAAAGUUACCGCACGACUCCGGGGUGCUCAUGAUGGCCUGUUCACGGGACAGAUAGAUGCAGUUGACACUAUUAACGCAACGUAUCGAGUCACGUUCGACCGGACGGGACUGGGAACGCACACAGUACCAGACUAUGAAGUUCUUAGUAACGAGACGCACGAAACCAUGCCCAUCACCGCCUUUGCACAGAAGCAACGACCUUCCAGAUACUACCUGACACCACCGCGGCUUCCUUACACUACGACUGGGCAGUCACCCAUCACAGAUAACGAUCCACUUUUGGGUCAGUCACCUUGGAAAAGCAAGCUAUCGGCCACUGAAGGAGACACGCUUGGAGGAUUUCCUAUAGAAUUCCUCAUCCAGGUGACAAGAUUAUCCAAAAUUCUCAUGAUCAAGAAGGAGCACAUCAAGCAGUUAAAAGAAAUGAACACAGAUGCAGAGAAGCAGAAAUCCUACUCUGCCGCCAUUGGUAUAGAUUUUCAAAAGCGAUAUGCCACCAUUGUUUUAGAAUUAGAACAGCUGAACAAGGAUCUCAACAAAGUCUUGAAUAAAGUCCAGCAGUUUUGUUAUGAGCUUGCUCCUGACCAAGGUUUGCAGCCCAUGGAUCAGCCCACAGACAUGAGGAGGAGGUGCGAGGAGGAGGCUCACGAGCUUGUGCAGCAAGCCAACACUUCACAAACCGGCCAGGCCAGUGUCAGGAACGAAAGCCUCACUGACUUGAUAGCAAGGCUGACAGCAGUGCUGCUGCAAAUCAAAUGUCUGGCAGAAGGAGGAGACUUAAACUCUUUUGAAUUCAAGUCGUUGACAGACUCAUUGAAUGAUAUCAAGAACUCUAUAGAUGCUUCAAAUAUAAGCUGCUUCCAAAACAACGUGGAAAUCCAUGUCGCACACAUCCAGAGUGGCCUCAGUCAGAUGGGAAACCUCCAUGCAUUCACUGCCAACAAUACAAACAGAGACUAAAAGGAUUCGCUUCAACUCUUCCCUGGCAGGUGUGGAGCUGCGCCAAGCUCUCAUGGUGAAGGCAGACAAGAGGAGUGUUUUUUAAAUAACGAAAUGUACAGAUAAAUAGAACACAUCUAGAGGGAGCGAUUUCCAUGCUCUUUCUCUGUACUUUUUUCAUUAAAUAUGUAGUGUGGCAGCCUGAGCUUUUCAGGAAUUGGAUUUAUUUUUGUACGUUUUGUCAUUUAAAAGUUUAUUACCCAUGCUUUCUCAGUGUAAAUAUUAACUGUAAACUGAGGUAGAUAUCAAAUUGACUUGUGUGAUGGAUCUCCAGCUGAAUUAUGUAAAAAUGUAAAUAGUUUUUUUAGAAAAGCACACAAAAAAAAUAUUGUGACUACCACCUUGUGAUGCGCUGGUUGCAUUGAGUCCUGGAAGGUGCUCAGAAUGUUCUCCUCUGCCUUGAUCCUUUUAUGAUCUUCUCCUCUGCAGAACAGGCUCCUCCAGCUAUAUCCUCAUUGUACAGCCCCCAUUCAAAAGGUCCGGUCACUGUAACACCACCACCUGUCAGAGCUCCAUUGCUGGUUUUGAGGGGGAAGUCAUUGCUGUUUCAGCCCUAUUAGCGGGCAUAUUCCCAUAAGAGUGCUAGAGCUUUUCAGAGGUGAGUGCCUAAACAAGUGAGAGUGUGUGUGUGAGAGAGAAUUGGGAAGAUUCAGUUUACCUGACUGAGGGGUAAAAGUCACCCCCUCUUUCUUGGCUGAAUACAGGUGGGAAUACUAGCUAUAACCAGUCUUCCCUCAGUGAGGAGGGUGUGUAUUCUGGAAGGUGGGGCUGGAACAUGUCUCUCAUUCUGUCUGUCACACUCUCUCCCUGCUGCUUCCCUCUCCCCCUCCACCCCCCACUCCCCUCCACUCUCUCUCAUUCCCCUACCUCAUAAACAGAAGAGCAGCUUAAUGGGUUGAUUGUCAUUUGUAUAUAGAACUAAUUCUCACAAAAUAAUUUGCUGUUGGCUUUCACCUAACUGCCUAGGAACUCUUCCUUCCUUCUCCACCAUGUCCCCCAGGAGCACAGGACUUUAGAUGCAAGUUGUGCAGGGGAGUUGGCAUGUCAUCUGAAAAUUGGUCAUUAUUUUUGUUAAUGUGUUUAAAUGUUAAUAUUGUAAUGAGAAUGGAUAACAGAAUGUUUCCAGUUUAAUGUAGAUUAUUGUAAAGUUUUGAAUUUUUAAAUUUCCAAUUAGAAGAGCAAGUCUAAGGAGAAAACCUUACAAAGAACCUUUCUUGAUCAUUAAAUGAGCCUGGGCAACUUUUUAAAAGUAAAAAAAUAACAGAACUAUUAUUUUCAGUUUUUAACAGGUUUUGUACUGGCUUUUGGUUAAAAAGGUUUUUUGUAACUUUUUUUUCUUUGGUUAGUAUUUGCACCUCUCACUUUUUUUUCUUCUGUUUUACUUUUAAGUGUAAAUAGAAUCUUCUUCCUCUUGCACUCUUCCAAAAUUUCAGCCAGAUAGUUCUAUAUACCGUUGUAAUUAAAUCUGAAUUAGUGUAUGUAGUACUGCCUUUUCCCUUGUUACCUUUUGUAUGGUGUAUAAAAUUGAAAGCAGCUUUAAAUAUUUAUAAAUAAAGAUA